CUUCGGACCGAUAGCCUUCCAAGUCGCUUUUUGCAGAACAAAGGGCUUGGUCUGCUGUUUCUGCGCCGAUCUUAGUUUUUGUUCCUGAAACGGCCAUAGACCCGUAUCCUCGUAACGUCUGGGAGUAUAAAAACUGCUUAAUGGGACUGCCAACCUUGAGGGCGAACAAGAAAAAAAUUUCCCUCCCUCGCACAUCGCUCCAAGUCGUGCUUGUCGCGCCUGUGAGCUGUGGUAUAUUGUGAAGGUCUUCUGCAGAUGUAUGUCUUUCUGACUUUAUAUAGGUAUCUCGCUGACCUCCUACGAGAUUCAAUAAUGGCGGUAGCCGCAGCAACUUCCGUCACCGUCAAAGACGAAGAAAUUACUCCUCCUCGCAAGAAACCCCACUGUAGGAUGUGUGGUAUGCCUAUGCAGGGCCACCACCGUGAACCCAUUUACGGUACAACCGUAUGUCCUUCUGAAGAUAUAGCAUACGUGUCCUCCGUCGCAGCCUCCGGGUUCCCACCUGUCAAGGAGGAAGACGUCAAGCCUAUUAUUCGACGUACUCCGAAUGCACGAAGGAGAAAGAGUCGCGUCCAGUUCACUCCCGGACCAGAGGUUCCCCAGCCCCGUCUAUUCACCAAGGAAGGCAUAGUCGAGAGCUCGAGAAUGCCAGGGUCCAUUGCACCCGAUAACGAGCUCAUGCAUGCCCCUCCCCGAAUGGCUACUUGGUGCCAGCUCGGUUUUGUCGGAUUCAUGGGCGGCGCGUCUUUUUUCUUACUAUUUUAUUUAGUACUUGUUAUCUCCGAUUGAUGGGCCCUAGGCUUGGGGAGAAAUCCGGGGAAGACUUGUAUGAUAUACCUGUACUACCAUCGUCAAUUUCCAUCUUCGCUCCGCUCAGUAAUGUUAUCUUGUCGUCCAAGUAUCGAUUUGGUGAUCCUUCAAUGAUCUCGACAUCCAGAUACAUUGUGCAC